CCCGGGGUGCCGCCGCCGCGGAGCCCCGCCCCCGAGGCGCCCCAUUGGCUGCCGAGGCUAUAUAUGGGCGUCCGGCGGGGGCGGGCUCUCUUUCGGCUCCGCGCCGCCCGGGCCUCCACACGGCGUUGUCAGCGUUCCCUGUCGUUGCUUCCAAAGGGAAACCCCACAAUGUCCGGAGGCCUCGAUGUCCUGCAGAUGAAGGAGGAGGAUGUCCUCAAAUUCCUCGCUGCCGGGACCCAUCUGGGAGGUACCAACCUCGACUUCCAGAUGGAGCAAUACAUCUACAAAAGGAAGAGCGAUGGUAUUUACAUCAUCAAUCUGAAGAGGACCUGGGAAAAGCUGCUCCUGGCAGCUCGUGCCAUUGUUGCCAUUGAGAACCCAGCUGAUGUGAGCGUCAUUUCUUCCAGGAACACUGGACAGCGGGCGGUUCUGAAGUUUGCUGCUGCCACCGGGGCCACUCCCAUUGCCGGGCGCUUCACCCCUGGCACCUUCACCAACCAGAUCCAAGCAGCUUUCCGUGAGCCGCGGCUCCUGGUGGUUACAGACCCCCGCGCUGACCACCAGCCGCUGACGGAGGCGUCCUACGUCAACAUCCCCACCAUCGCCCUGUGCAACACCGACUCCCCGCUGCGCUACGUGGACAUCGCCAUUCCCUGCAAUAACAAGGGAGCCCACUCAGUAGGCCUGAUGUGGUGGAUGCUGGCUCGGGAGGUCCUGCGCAUGCGUGGCACCAUCUCCCGUGAGCACCCGUGGGAAGUCAUGCCUGACUUGUACUUCUACAGGGAUCCUGAGGAGAUUGAAAAGGAGGAGCAGGCGGCUGCCGAGAAAGCAGUCACAAAGGAGGAGUUCCAGACUGAAUGGACAGCCCCUGCACCUGAAUUCACUGCUCCUCCUCAGCCUGAGGUUGCAGAUUGGUCCGAGGGAGUGCAGGUCCCAUCUGUGCCCAUCCAGCAGUUCCCCACAGAGGACUGGAGUGCCCAGCCUGCCACUGAGGACUGGUCAGCAGCUCCCACGGCCCAGGCUACUGAGUGGGUUGGCACUGCCACGGAAUGGUCUUAACUUCAGCCCUGCUGUACUGUGAGAGAAAUAAAGGCUGGUUUAGUACACAC